CUUUAUCUUGUCCAAGGCGACGGCCCCUUUCUUAACCCUCCUUCAGGGCUCAUGCUCUGACACGCCCGCCCACUAUAGAAUUUGACUUUGGAUCGCAUUGUCGCGUCUCUACUGUCCUGUACUGUCCUGUCUGUCUGUCCUGGCCCACCGACUUCGAGUUGCACCUUCCACCUUGGCUCGUCGUACUGACGCCUCUCGCCUGCUUCUCGCUACCCUGGCCUCGCCUUGAGCGCAAACAAUCGAACACAACCGUAUCGCCGUCACCGUUGCCGUCUGUUAACCGGGCUCCCAUUAACGGGACUCGUCGGGCUCACUGUAACCGAAUCGCUCUGGCUGUGACUCGAUCGAUACCCUCGAUAUCAACUCGACCUCUAGACAGUUAUGGACGUCCACAAUCAGCCGCGUCUACCCCCUCCCAAACCGGUUGGACUUAAUAACAUUCUUAAUAACGAUAACGCACCUGUUUCAAUCGUUAACGGCCCACCUCACAUGCGAGAUUCGGGCUUCUACUCCAACGCAGACGCCUCCAACACAUCUGCUGCAUCCUUCAACGCGAAUGGUCUUAGCCCAAGCGGCUCCGGCUAUCAAUCUUCGUCGCACGAAAAGACACCAUCUCCGAUUGCCUCCAACAUGGUUCCCAACGGACUUGUAUCGCCAUCGACAACCAACAUGAGCGUUGCCGCAAUGGUAUCCCCUAGUACUCCCAGCAGUCUCGAUCCACGCCGCGACCGACCCACGUCGAUCGAAUCGAACGGUCUCGGUCCCAAUCCCGGCCCUACGAUGGGUGACACGUUGGCGCCUGGUAUGGCAGCAAUGAGAAGGGAGAGCGUUGACAGUCGUAUCAACCAGAACUUUGGCGAUUUGCGCCUGGGAGGCUCUCCUUAUGCAUCCCACAAUCACUCAACUACCUCGAUACAAAAUACCCUCCAUAAUCAGCGGAACCCUCAUCAUUUAUCAGUCCAUCGUAUCUCAAACGGCUACCAACCCAGUGCGGAGCGAAACCCUGAGGGCAAGACGGUCAAAACCGCACCGGCCAUCACUGGUCCUGCCACUGGACACAUCGCGCGCGCUGCAGAGCCCACUAAAGGUCAAGCAUGGGCGUUUCCCGAAGAGGAGAUUCAGCGAGUCGGUGGCGCCCCUACGUACACCGACUCGCGGCGCAGUAGCAUCACUGAGUCUAUCGCGAGCAGUCAAUUCACAACAGAGUCUCGCCUACCUCCUGGCCAGAUGAGACUGAACGAGUCCGAGUACUCUCGCAUGUCCAAUGCAUCCGACUUUCCGCCUGUUCACCAUCACUCUAUGCAGCAUAAGCAAUUGAGUGAUCUCCAGGCUGAAGAAGGGAAUGGUUCAACAGGCUCACAACCAUAUAGUCGAACACCUGAAUUGAGAGUCAGCCACAAGCUUGCUGAACGAAAAAGACGAACGGAGAUGAAGGAACUCUUUGAUCAACUAAGAGAUCUCAUGCCUCAGGAACGAGGCUCCAAAGCCUCCAAGUGGGAAAUUCUAACUAAAGCCAUUGCGGAGCAUCAGAAGCAGCAAGAUAUCAUUCGAGCGCUACAAGAGCACUACAAGUCCAGUUCAGCUGAGAACGAGAUGCUUCGCAGAGAUGUCCAUGCGCUACGAAUGGAAAAUCAACAGCUUCGUGGAGAGCUUAACUCUUCCUCUUCACGGCCUCCCCUAUCUUCAGCAGCAACACCAGCACCACAGGCCGGGACUUAUCAGACAGACUCAUACCCCAACCCUAACCGACCGGAACUGCCACCGCUCAGGUCGCUCCGCAACAGUAUUCCAAAUGGACCGGACUCUAUGAUGGGUGUUCAGUACGACAGUCCUCGUACCAAUGGCUAUCAUUAGACGGA